GUUUUAAAAACCCUCUGUUAAAAACCUUUCAGACCAAAGAUGCUAGUUGUAUUUUGGUUAGCUGUACUGUCCACUGCGACAAAGUGUUAUUGUGACUUAGAUCCAAAUGACGACUGGGUAAUUCCGGUUAAUGAAAAACCAAAAACACAAAAUACGUCAUCGGUACAGACUUUUGUGGUGAAGAAAAACGUACUUAAACGAUCAGUUGACAGUGAAUCAAGCGGCCAGGACAUUUCUUAUUCGACGUCCAUCAACGUGGACACUAAUCCAGCAAUCGAACCUCCUUGUAUGUUACCUAGCAACGCAUUCACGUCAUCGGGACCACGUGACGUACCGUCCAACAUCCGGGAAGUAUUAACAUUCGAAGACUUGACAAGUGACACGGUUCAGUUAGCAGUUCAACUCGCUCAGAUACAAUUUAUGGCAGAAUCAAUGUCUGAGUUAAGAAUAACGAAGUUGCUGGGAGGGUGUAAACAGUACAUCUCUGGCUAUCUCUAUUACUUGAUGUUUAAAGCGAUCGAAACAAUCCCAUGUGAGAGAAAUUUCGAGCAUAAUUGUACCGGAGUGGUAAAGGUUGGUUGUUUCAAAUUGUACCAUGAGUGUCGGGCACGGGUUCACACCACGUAUCUUGCGCCUUGGAAUCCUUUCUUUGUGGAAUGUAAAUCACCCGCCUACUAUGCCCUUCCGUGGCGAAGAAUAACUUCAUAGAUCAUAGGACAUAAAUGAAUUGCAUGCUGUAGUUACGCACAUUACUUUAUAACAUUGGCUGCAAUAAUAGGGUGCUUGACAGAUAUAAAACAUGAAGGUCUAAGAAAUAUGUAUAAUGACAUCGACGUUAUAGUAGGGUGGGGGAAGAUGGGACAUCUUUUCGUUCUAUUUUCUCGUCAUAUCUAGUAAAAAA